AUGACUAAGUGGAGUAUCUCCCUUCUGGCAGUUCUUCUGUUUUUUCCUUUGUUUUCCAAACUUGUUUCUCUCAAAGUCAAUGCAUUCAAUACCAAUGCUAGUGGUAGCACACAAUGCAUUGAAUUUGAGAAAAAAGCCCUCAUCAAAUUCAAAGAAGGCCUCAUAGAUCCAUCAAUGAAGCUUUUUUCUUGGGUUGGCGAUGAUUGCUGCUCGUGGAAAGGCAUAAGCUGCAACAAACAAACUGGCAACGUUGAAAUGCUUGACCUCAAAAACAAUGGAGAUGUUUAUGGCUCAUCGUGCUUGGGUGGUGAGAUAAGUUCAUCUUUGCUCAACUUAAAACAUUUGAGUUAUUUGGAUCUAAGCAUGAACAAUUUUCGCGAAAUUCCAAUCCCAACAUUUUUAGGCUCUCUUGAGAAACUAAAUUACCUCAAUCUUUCUCAAGCAUCUUUUAGUGGAAUGGUACCACCCCAUCUUGGAAACUUGUCAAACUUGCAUUAUCUUGAUCUCUCUACAUACUUAAAUCCCGGUAGCAACUGGGCUUCAGAGCUGAGCUGGCUCUCUGGUCUCACUUCUUUGAAGUAUCUCAAUCUAGAGGGUGUGAACCUUAGUGAAGCAACUACUUGGUUGCAAGCUGUUAACACAAUUCCUUCUCUAUCCGAGUUGCAUUUGGCUGAUUCUGAACUUCACAAAUUUCCUCCCUCUGUACCAAAUUUGAAUCUCACUUCCCUUUUAGUCCUCGAUCUCUCCUUCAACAAAUUCAACUCCACAUUGCCUCAGUGGUUGUUUAAUAUCAGCACCCUUGUGAACAUUGAUCUUAGUGCAAAUUUUUUUGAAGUCCCAAUAGGCCAUUUCAAGUUUGGCAACCAUUGCAACUUGCAAAUUUUGGAUCUGUCUGUCAAUAAAAUUAGCGGUGAGGUAAGUGAUCUCAUAGAGGGAUUGUCCAGAUGCAGCAAUAGUAGUCUAAAGGAACUUAGGUUGCGGUACAAUGAAUUAAGUGGGCAACUGCCUAAUUCACUUGGGCGCCUUAAGCAUUUAAGGUCCCUUGUCCUUAAAGGGAACUUAAUCUCAGGACCGGUUCCUAAAACUGUUGAAAACUUGUCUGUCCUAAAGGAAUUGGACCUCUCUUACAAUAAAAUGAAUGGAUCUAUCCCGAAAAGUUUGGGGAAACUCAUGGAACUAACUCACCUUCGACUUUACGAAAAUUCUUGGGAAGGGGCUUUAUCACAACAUCUUUUAGAGGGUUUAAAGAAACUAGAAGAUUUCUCUGUCUCAUCUUCAUUUAAAACUUUUGUUUUCGAUGUCAAACAUGAUAAUUGGAUUCCUCUUUUUAGCCUAAAAUCCAUUAUUAUCAGUGACUGUUCAUUGGGUCCCAAGUUCCCAUUAUGGCUAAGAACUCAGAGAGAGCUUUCUUUCAUAAGCCUCACAAAUGUUUCGAUUUUAGACACAAUGCCUGAUUGGCUUUGGAAAUUGUCUCCACAGCUUGAUUGGCUUGAUCUUUCUCAUAAUCAAGUCAAUGGUUUACUUCCCAACACAUUGCAAUUUCGAGCAUUUGCUUUGGUGGAUUUGAGUUUCAGCCGGUUAACGGGCCAAUUCCCGCUUUGGCAUAAUUUGUCAAUUCUUCAUUUGGGGAACAAUUCACUUUCAGGACCAAUCCCCGAAAAAAUCAACACUGUGAUGCCACACUUGAGAGUUCUUGAUCUUUUUGAGAACUUUCUUAGUGGUAACAUCUCACCAUCCAUUGUUGAAAUGAAGAACUUGGAAUCUAUUGAUCUAUCAAACAAUCUUUUUUCUGGGGAAAUUCCUAGAAAUUGGAUCAAUAUGCAACAAAUUGGCGUCAUAGAUCUAUCGAACAACAAUCUAGUUGGCAAAUUUCCAAGCUCAAUAUGUUCAUUGCCAUAUCUUUACAGCUUAAAAUUGAGCACCAACCGUCUCCAUGGAAAAAUCUUUUCCUCCUUGGUGAGCUGCACAAGCUUGCAAACAUUGGACAUUGGAGACAACAAAUUUUCCGGGGAAAUACCAAAUUCCAUUGGAGAAAGCCAUUCAUCGCUGCUUGAGCUACGCAUACGCGGCAACAUGUUCAGUGGAAACAUUCCAAAACAACUCUGUCAUCUUCCUUACCUCCAUAUCUUGGACCUCGCUCAUAAUAAUUUAUCAGGACCCCUCCCACCAUGUCUAGGCAAUUUGAUUCGUUUGAGUACUUUCACGCCUUAUGACCGACUACCACCUUCUGCAAGAGCGACGCACGCGAACCAAAUGGAAUUGGUUGUGAAGGGACGAAAUAUGAAAAUUAUCAAUAUUCUUAGCAUUGUAAAUAUUAUUGACUUUUCGAGCAACAAACUAUGGGGAGAGAUCCCGGAUGAAUUAACAAAUCUUUCGUCCCUAGGGGCCUUAAAUUUAUCGAGGAAUGAAUUGACAGGGAAGAUACCGGAGAAUAUUGGAAGGUUACAACAAUUAGAAGCUCUUGACCUUUCAUGGAACCAUCUUUCAGGUCCAAUUCCUCCAAGCAUGGCUUCCAUAACUGCACUGGACUAUUUGAACCUAUCGCAUAACAACUUGUCUGGACCAAUUCCCUCGACCAACCAGUUCCAAACCUUCGCUGAUCCAUCAAUUUACGUUGAAAAUCUCAAACUUUGCGGGUCACCAUUGACGACCAAAUGCCCAACCCCAAAUCAGGGUGAUGUAGAAGACAAAGACGCUAAAAUGAAUGAUGAAGAGGAGUUUGAUAGGCUAUGGUUCUACAUUAGCAUUGGAGUAGGAUUUGCUGUGGGAUUUUGGGCUGUUUGUGGCAGUUUGGUUGUGAAAAGUUCAUGGAGACAUGCUUUCUUCCAAUUCAUAGAUAAGGUGAUAGAUUGGGUCUUCGAUAGUUGUUGUCCGUGUUUUUAA